CAUAUAUAGAAAAAGUAAAUAUAUGACAAUAUGGCUACUAAUUUCAAAUUUUCCAUCCUUCACUUUCCGUCCAUAUAGAUUCAAGAAGUACCUCUCUAUUUGGUCCCAUUUUUGUUGAGAUGUCGUAUAGGCGAUGCGCCAUAUCAUUGCCAUGAACCCCUUUGAUGAAACGUCAACAAAAUGUUUAUGCUGCCCCUUGUCGCUAUGGUCUGUUGUGUCAACGUCAAAUAGUAAGAGUACUGUGAUCUAUGGUUCUGUGCUUAGCUCUGUGCUUAAAUCAUUCUUGUUCUCUGCUCUUUGCAAGGUGUUUUGUACUUUGUGAUUUUACUGAUUUUGUGUUUGUACAUGGUUUGUACUUGUACUCGUGUGCAUAAAUUAUUUGUUAUUUGUGGCACAGUAGAGAGCUUACAGAGGUUUGUGGUUAGGAUAGUACCUUGUACCUGGGAGUGCCUGGGACUUGAGACGAGAAAUUUGAUAAUUCACUGGAAAAUAUUUUGCUUUUGGUGAAACGGGACCAGAAUAACAAUUUCGUCAAAAUGUGUGCAAAAAUGGCAUUUCAACAUCAGGCGGGAACAGCAAUGGAAUGUUUGAGCAUUCCGAUAACCCUCCACAAGGACGUUGAUGGAGACACAAUGAGAUGUGGCUUCAAGAUUGGUGGUGGUAUUGAUCAAGAUUUUCAUAAAAGUCCUCAGGGCUACACAGAUAAUGGUAUAUAUGUUACAGAGGUUCAUGAUAAUAGUCCAGCUUCAAAAGCAGGACUUCGGGUACAUGAUAAAAUACUUCAAUGUAAUGGAUAUGACUUUACAAUGGUGACUCAUAAAAAAGCUGUGAGUUAUAUAAAGAAACACCCAGUAUUGAAUCUUCUAGUUGCUCGCAAAGGUGUCACAUCAACCUAGGCUUGAUACACAGUCAUUAUGUUUGUACUUCAGUUACCAAGGAAUGAUCCAUUCAGGUUUUUUUAUAGAAUAUCUAGGUUAUCAGUGAGUAACUUAGGAGCUAUAAAAGGUAUUAUAAUAUUCAAUAUUUUUGACUUGACCAUCCAAAAGUCAAUCUUUAGGGAGUUCAAAAUGAUUAUAUCAUGUCAAUGUUAUUAGUGUUCAAUUUAUACAGGGUGUUUAAAAUAAUGGUUACCUCCUUGCUAGGGUAGGUAGAACACUGCAAAAUAAGUUGGGUUUGCUAGGUAAAACAUGUUCAUAAUGGCAUCCGUUUUCAAGUUACAAGGUUUUGAACAAACAUUUUACACAUUUUGUAUGAUUGUGUCUAAAUAACUGGCAACUUUGUUAUGAAAUGUUGUAUGGAUAUGUUCUGAAAGCUGACCCAUCCCAUAAAUUAGUUUUGGUAUCUGACUCUCAUAGAGGGUGCCAGUUAUGACGUUCAUACCAAGUAAUUUCAUACAUACCUUUUGAGGUUAGAUUUUUCAGACCAAAUUUCAUGUGAACUUCAUGAACUUGAACAUCAUUCAAUUUGACACCAAAAAUGUAGUCUUGAUAAAACUCAAUACUAUGCACUGUUCUCGAAAUUUUUGAUCUGAAAAUAAUGGAGUCAUGCUGGUAUAAAAUAAGUAGGUACCUAUUAUUGAGAUCAGGUAAUUGAUAUUUAUUCAAAUACAAAAACAUUAUUCUUGUGCCGAAGUUAUAGAUUUAACAAAGAAUAACAAGUAGAACAUUGAAUUAAAUAUAAAACAAAAAAUAUUGAAUCAGUUAGAGUAUAAAUGUUCAAAAGAUAUGCAAUUCUAUAAUUUUUUUUAAGAAUGCAUUUUCCUAAAUGAUUGCUGAGGAUCAGCUGUUAGGUCAUUCAAGUAAUGUUCAAUUUUGUCUUGCAACUCUUGACGUGAAUUUACCUCUGUAGCAUAGACCUUCUCCUUGAGAUACAACCAAACUGUAAAUUAUGUUUUUAGUCAAAUUUAUUUCAAUGUCAUUCUUGUGAUUCCUGGAGUUCAGCAUUAAAAAUACAUUAAUGUUUUUUUCACUCCUUGCUAUAGAACCAACAAUUAUUCACUCCUUCUCAAGUCAUAAAGUGAAUUUUUAAUACCAAGGUAGUUUUCUCCAUUUUAUGAACUAAUAUAGUCAAUAAAGACAUAGGCACCUCUUAUAAUGAACUGGAAUCCACUGUUCUGAUGUGAGAUUCGCAGAAAUAGAACUCAAAUCUAGUAGGUAUUUAUCAGUGAUGACGUGGACGUGUCAUUUACUGUAAUGGUCAUAGUUAGAAUUGAAAAGAAGUGCUUUCACAGUGACAAGUCCAUAUUUCAGUUUCACAGAACUGUGAUAUUGCUAGUGGUGAAAAAAAUAAUGUACACUUUGGUGUAUAAAUAGGUAAUUAUUUCGAUUUUCAAUAAAUAGGUGAAAGAUUUUCAUGAUACUUUCUCCUAUAUAUAGCUUAAUACCAGCAACAUGUUAUCACUCCAUCAUUUAUGAAUCAAAGUUUUCCGGAAAUGGUACAUAGUGUGGAGUUGUACUUAGUGUUCCAUUCUGGUGUAAAAUUCAAUGAUGUUCUGCCUUACAUUGAAUUUGGAUUGAAAGAUCUAACUAUAAAAUAAACUCCUCCCUACUAUUGGUAUGAACCGUGUAACUAGUGCCCUCUAUGAGAGUAAGAUAUAAAAACAAGUCGGCUUCCAUAACACAUCCAUACCAAAUUUCAGCACAAUGUUGCCAGUAGUUUCAACAUAAUCGUGAAAAAUCUUAUUUUCAACACCUUGUAUCUUGAUAAGGAAUGUCGUUAUGACAUUCGUUUUACCAGCAAACCCAAUGUUCUACCUACCCUAGCAAGGGGGUCACCUUUUUAUGAAACACCCUGAAUAAACUUUGGUGUAGUGAAUAUAGUAUCAAGUUAUUGAAACAAUAACAUUCAAAAUACAUAAGUAUAAUUUGGUAUGGAAGCUACUGCCAAAAUUAUUGAUGAAGUAUAUGUAUCUUUUUUAUAGUUUUCAUUGUGAUUGAUUUUACUUCUAUAUAAUAUUUAAGAUGUAUGUAUGAUUUUGAUUAUGAUGAAUAUUUUGUAAGAUAUGAAGAUUGAAGACUGCUGAGUUUUAAAAUUUGUAUAUUAAGUUAUAGAUGUCAAUUUUAGGAGACAAAGGUUGGUAACAGAUAAGAAUCAGGUUUCAAUAAUAUUUAUCUCCAAAUUUUAUAGUAUUGUUAUAUUUAUUAUGGUGUACUUUAGGUACUUUUUCCUGUGUUAGAUUGAAUUUGUUGAAUUCCAAAAUUAUUCAAUUCUUAUCAACUAGAUACUUGUUAUUUAUUUUAUGUUAUUAAAAUAGUAUUAUUGUAC